AUGCAGCCAAGAAAAGCCAAAAAAGAGAAGUGUGGGAGGUUGGUUCUUUGUACUCUCUCAAAGGCACUCAAGAAAACACAGAGCACGGGAAAGCCACAUUAUGAGGGAAGGUAUCUGCCUAUCUGCAGCUGUAAUAGCAGAAACGCCAUGUGGGGUACUUGUCAAAAUCUGCUUAAAAGCUCACAGAUUCUUCCUAAAUAA